AUGCCAGACCAAAAGCAAAACAAGGCAAAGAGUGGUUUCAAAUGUCAGCCAUAUUUUCUAUAUAAUAACUUGGACGCGAUCUCGAAGAAGUCCAUUCGCCGGCUUGCUCGGCGAGCUGGGGUGAUCCGAAUGUCCGCUGUGAUAUACGAGGAGGCUCGGGCUGCACUAAAGCGUUUCGUAGUGAAUCUCGUACAAGACACUGUGGUGUACACACAGUACGCUAACAGAAGAACUGUAACGAUGCGCGAUGUCGUCUAUGCUCUCAAGCGCCAAGGUCGUCCGAUCUAGGGCUUUGACUAGACGGUACGGCUCGUAAAAUUCUACGUAGAAUAACCUUAAACGAAAUAGAAUACGAUACGAUGAUACUCAUUAAGUAUCAUGUUUUAUGACAAC